GCUCUGCAGCGCCACCGUGCUGCUAUAGAAGCAUUUUUCUCUAUUCUCCUUACAUGAUUUUUCUAAAAUUACAAAGGGGAAAUUAAACUGCACAAGAUAACAACACAACAUGAUGGAGAGAGUAUGGCGUUAGUAACCGUGACGGCCAUACGGCUGCAAGACCACGGCAUGUGGUAGUGGUAGAGACGACAAUGAUAGAUGGAUAGGUGAAUUGGGUUUCAGAUCUGUGAGAAGAGUUUAGAAAAAACUGACGGCGAGGAGCGGCGACAACAGCGGCGGUGAGAGAGAACAGUGAUGAGGUGGUGUUGUGAAGAAGAAGACGGAGUUGUUUAAUCAGAGAAAGAAUAACAAAAUGUUUCGUUUCUUUCUUUAUUUAACCUUUUAAUUUCAACCAUUAAAUUCUGUUUUGCCACAUGUCACAAUCUAACUAUUGGGGAAUAAAUGGAGCUUUUGCUUAAUGGAGGAUACCCGGACUCAAAAUACAGAUGUUAGAAUUUAAACCAAGGUUGGUUUUAUACUGGUUCAAGUAGUUGGGAAGUUCGAACGUCUGUACUUCUUUAUUUUUCCUGUAACUGGGGUGCUUAACAUUGAAGUUCUAUCGCACAUUGGUAUCAUCUACUAUGCAUUUCUCAGUGGUUUGGAAAUGAAUUUGAAUGUCAUUUUACAUGUUAAAAUGAAGAAUUUAAGCAUUGCUGUUUCUGGAAUAAUUUUUCCAUUGGUGAUGGGACCAGCUUUAUACACUCUACAUCGAAAUUUUUAUGAUAUGGGCGAUGGAUCUAAACUUGAAAAAAGUACAAUGAGUGCUUAUGUACUUUGGACUUUGGUUCUCACAGUAACAGGUUUUCCAGUUUUAGCUCACUCCCUUUCAGAGCUCAAACUUCUUUAUACUGGUCUUGGCGAGGCCGCACUAACAACAGCUAUGCUCAGUGACACGUAUGCUUGGGUUUUAUUCACAUUAUUUGUUCCAUUUUCAAUUAAUGGUAAAGGGGCGAUAUACUCUGUGGUAAGCACUAUAAUAUUUAUUUUCAUUUGCAUCUUUGUGGUGCGUCCUAUCAUUGUGAAGGUCAUUGAUCGCAAGACAGAAAGAGAUGAGUGGGAUAAUAACAAAUUGCUAUUUGUGGUUAUGGGACUUUUGAUUUGCUCACACAUAACAGAUGUUCUUGGUACACAUGCUGUUGUUGGGGCUUUUGUGUACGGGUUGAUUUUACCUCAUGGUAAAUUUGCUGACUUAGUGGUGUCAAUCUCAGAUGAUUUUGCUGGUGGGUUUUUGGCACCGCUCUUCUUUAGUGGCACAGGAAUGAGACUCAUGGUGAUCACAAUUUUCAAGCAGCAAAAUUGGCCUUUGACGCUUAUGAUAAUUAUCGUGUUGUGUUCUAUAAAGAUUUUAAGCACUAUGUUUGCCACUUUCUUUUUUGGCAUGCGUUCCCGAGACGGGUUUGCUCUAGGAUUGCUUCUCAAUACCAAGGGUGCCAUUGCUUUGAUAAUGCUCAAUAUUGCUUGGGAUAGAUCGAUUAUUACUGUACCAACAUAUGCUGUUUUAACCUCUUCGGUCCUUCUAAUGACUAUAGUGGUGUCUCCCUUAAUCAACGCCAUAUACAAGUCUAGAAAAAGAUUUGAGCAAAACAAACUAAAGACUAUACAAAAGCUAAGAUUUGAUGCAGAACUCAGGAUUCUAGCAUGUGUUCACAAUAGUCGUCAGGCCACUGGAAUUACCAGCCUUCUAGAAUCUUUCAAUGUAACUAGACUUUCCCCUAUGCAUGUUUUUGCACUUCACCUUGUUGAACUCGUAGGAAGUGCUGCUGCACUUGUCGCUGCUUAUAUGGAGAAGUCUAGUGGCUCAAUUGGAACACAAAAUCUUACAAAAUCCCAAGAAGAACAAGAGAACAUUGAUAAUACAUUUGAAGCAUUUGGAGAGGCAUAUGAUGCUAUAAGAGUCCAAACCUUAAAUGUUGUGUCAGCUUAUGCAACCAUUCAUGAGGACAUAUACAACUCGGCCAAUGACAAACGCACAAGCUUGACCAUCCUUCCAUUCCACAAACAACUAAGUUCAGAAGGUGUUCUCGAAACAAUAAGUGUGGUGUACAGAGAUAUAAACCUCAAUGUGAUGCAAAAUGCGCCUUGCUCAGUGGGAAUCUUUGUUGAUCGUGAUUUUGGAUCAAUAUCGAAAAUGAACUUUCGUAUUUGUGUGAUCUUUGUUGGAGGGCCUGACGAUCGUGAAGCCUUGGCUGUUGCUUGGAGGAUGGCAGGGCAUCCGGGAAUCCGAUUAUCAGUGGUUAGGAUGUUACUAUUUGAUGACGCUGCAAAAAUAGAUACCUCGGAUCAUACUGAAGCACAAGGCGUACUAUCUGAUGUAAUGAAUAAUGACAAACAAAAGGAGUUAGACGAUGAAUAUGUGUAUUCAUUUAGACUCAAAGCAGUGAACAAUGAUGAUUCUAUAUCCUAUUCAGAGGUUGAUGUCCAUUCAGGUGAAGAUAUUCCCACAAUCCUCAACGAGCUAAACACAUUUGGAUAUGAUUUAUACAUAGUAGGACAUGGGAAUUGUAGAAACUUAAGAGUCUUUUCAAAUUUGUUGGAGUGGUGUGAUUGUCCAGAACUUGGAGUUAUAGGUGAUAUUUUAGCAUCAAAUAAUUUUGUUUCACGCUCAUCUGUGUUAGUUGUGCAACAAUAUGGGCAUGGAGGAAUGGUUUUUGGAAAGCAGUCCAACCAUGUGACCACUAAUAAUGAUGGUUUUGAGAGAGUGUGAAGACAAAAUAAGAAUAAUGUUGAUGAGAAACUAACUUGCCACCAUGAAAGAUCUUGCUUAGUUUGUUUAUGGAAAUUCAAGCAAGAUUGAGACAUUAUCAGAUUUUUUUGUACUUAUAUUUUUGUACUUGAUAUAGUAUUGAUUAGAGGGUGUUUCUAUUGUU